AGUAGCUGUACAGUGCAUGUGUGUGUGGUGGCUAAAACUCGUCACAAAUCUCAUGACAGAGACAGCUUUACGGUGUGUGAGAAAUGGACUUCUGCUGCCUACACAUUUUCUAACGUGGAAUUGCUUCAGAAUGUGAUGUUUGUUGAGUUCUCUUGCGUGAGGUUUUGGUCUUUCCAGUAUAUAUUUUGUUAUAAUAUGGUACAACUUGAUGUUGGAAUUCUAUCGGGUGUGUAAACAAACAAGCUGGCUGAAGGGCUGGUUGAAAUAGUCGAACAAUAUUGGAUGUCACUCCGAUGAGCCUUGUGAGUGUAGCCAUCAUGGCAACGAGUGCCCCUACAUCAGCGGACGCAUGUCUGAGCAUCGUGCACAGCCUCAUGUGCCACAGGCAAGGCGGCGAAUCAGAGAGCUUCGGUAAACGGGCCAUCGAGAGCCUCGUAAAAAAACUAAAAGAGAAGAGAGAUGAACUGGACAGUUUGAUCACGGCCAUAACGACGAAUGGUGCCCACCCUAGUAAAUGUGUGACAAUACAGAGAACGUUGGAUGGGAGAUUACAGGUUGCGGGCAGAAAGGGCUUCCCUCAUGUCAUCUAUGCACGGAUUUGGCGCUGGCCGGACCUUCACAAAAACGAACUCAAACAUCUCAAAUUCUGCCAGUUUGCUUUUGAUCUGAAAUGUGACAGCGUUUGUGUGAACCCCUAUCACUACGAGAGAAUCGUAUCCCCUGGAAUAGAUUUGUCAGGUUUGACUCUCCAACAUACAGUAGCGGGACCUCCUGGCCGUCUCGUGAAGGAUGAAUUCGGAGGCGAGUGCGUCCAAGUAGAGCACAACAUCUCCCACCCGGCGGGGACCAGCAAUGGGGCAAUGGGACGUAGUAUACAGCACGGCAUGGGGCAGAGGAUGCACCCGGGCGUGCCUGGACCCUCUACUUCUCAGAUGGCGGAUUUCAACAGGAUGAUGCCGCCGCAUUCAAUAAGCACUAGCUUGCCCAUGCCCAUGGCACAGCCACUAAUGGUGAGCAGCAUACCAGAUCAACACCCACAGCCCAACCAUCCCCAUACCAGUACUGCCAUCAUGACACGAGACCCUGGACAGUUAGUUUCGUCGAUGCCCCCAAUGGUCCCGCCCCAGCACACCAUAAUAACUCAGCUCCCGGCGAUGCCUCUAUCACCGACCUCCGCCUUCCCGCCCGUCAGCGUCCAGUCCCCGAACUCGGCCCCACCCUCCAUUCAAUCCCCUUCCCCUCAAGCUGCCCCCCAGCAGCAGCCUCUACCCCCUCAGGGUCCCCCGUCCCAGGGUCCUGCCUCGCAAGGCCCGCCACCUCUCGCCCAGCAAGUUGGGGGGACACCCGUUGGCUCAGUGGGCCCCCCUGGACCAUCAGGACCUCCUGGUCCUGCAGCACCCCUUGGGAGCUCUGGACCGUCGGGGCCGACAGGACCUGCUUCACCAACUGGAUCGACGUCAAACCAGUCGAUGAACAGAACAAGUACUACAAUAUGGACGGGGAACAACACAAUGUCCUACAAUCCAGGCAUGCCAGGGGGCACCAGCCAGGCAGCCAACCCCACCAAUCCUUACUGGCAACAGACCAAUCAACUACAGGGUGAAAUGCCUCUUAAUGCCCCACUAUCAUCUCAACCAGCCCCAGAGUACUGGUGCUCCAUCGCCUACUUUGAGCUGGACACCCAGGUGGGUGAGAUCUUCAAGGUACCUUACUCUUCCACGCCGCCCCGAUACCCAUCAGUCACCAUCGAUGGCUACGUUGACCCCUCGGGAGUCGACCGCUUCUGCUUGGGCCAGCUGUCCAAUGUUCACCGGACAGAGUCCAGCGAACGAUCACGGUUACACAUAGGCAAAGGUGUCCAGCUGGAUCUGAAAGGUGAAGGAGACGUGUGGGUGAGAUGUCUGAGUGAGCACGCCGUCUUUGUCCAGAGUUAUUAUCUGGACCGGGAGGCGGGCCGAGCCCCAGGAGAUGCUGUACACAAGAUAUACCCAAGUGCAUACAUAAAGGUGUUUGAUCUGCGCCAAUGCCACGCCCAGAUGAGGACCCAAGCAGCGACAGCGAGGGCGGCUGCCUCUGCCCAAGCCGCAGCCGUAGCAGGUCAUGUUCCGGGCCCCCAGUCGGUUGGUGGGAUCGCCCCUGCUGUCCGUUACUCUGCUGCAGCCGGCAUCGGAGUGGACGACCUCAGACGUCUCUGCAUCCUACGCAUGAGCUUCGUCAAGGGCUGGGGACCUGAUUACCCACGGCAGAGCAUCAAAGAGACACCAUGCUGGAUUGAGAUCCACCUCCACAGAGCCUUACAACUCCUGGACGAGGUACUACACACAAUGCCUCUCAUGGACCCACUAGGAAUGGACUGAAAAACCUUGGAGGAGUUUCAGAAAUGGUGGAAAAAAAUAAAUAAAACAAUUGCUUCUAGGAAUGGACUGAAAACCUUGGAGGAGUUUCAAAAUGGUGGCCGGACCCUCUCUGGCGGGAAAAAAAAAACCUUUGCCUCUAGGAAAGGACUAAAAACCUCAGGAGGGGUUUCAAAAUGGUGGCCGGAACCUUCAACAGGAAACAAAAAAGAAAAACUUUGUUCAAAGUGCUGCAAGUCGUGUUGUGUAGAAUUUAGAGAUACUUUGUGAAAAGAGUCGUUGAAAAAGAAGAGUUGUGUUGAAGGAGUCUUGGGAUGGAUUUUUUUUUGUCAUGCUAACCCAGACCUUUGAAAUGGCAAGGACAUUGAAACAUUUUCUCCUUGGCAAAGGGCACCCUAUGAGGAAAUCGUUAACUUCUACUGGAGUAUUUCAAGGGCACAAAGGCAGUGAACAGGGGGCAUGGAGGCAAUCGCCUUCAUUGCCUUCGUGAAGCAUCAUGCCUGUUCUGAAGUAUUGAAACCUUCAAGUUCGUUACCCUCAUCUCAUAAGUAAUGACGAUCAAGGUGCUUAAACUUACUCUGGUAUCGAAAGAAGAAAUGUCCCUAGUUCCUCAAAUGGUAGUGAUCGGAGCUUGGAUUAGCGCUGGACUCAGUAAGGAACUGUUAAUCUGAACUUCAUAUGUAAUUGGUAAAGGAAGUUCAAAAUGUGGAAAGUUUCAGCAGUGUACUGAAAGUUUGUCUGGUGGGAGUCGAGAACUUUUUGUUUUCUGCUUUUUUAUUUCCAUCAUGGAACUGUCCUACUCAUCAGCAGAGAACGUUUGAAACUUCUAGAACUUCUAGUUGAACUAAAUAUAUUUUGAAAUUAUUAAAAUACAGGUUUUUUGUAGGAGUGUUUAUCUCGCCAUCUGAAAAAAAAAUUGUUAUUCAUCAAUUGUAAGCAGCCAUCACGGUGUAACGUUUUGCAUUCUUGGCUUGAACUGUACACUUCCAAGCAAAAACGCAGCUAAGUUUGACGAAGACUGUGAUGUUAAGUAGGAUUUAAAACUUUGCAUGGUGGAAGUCUACCUCCUAGGUAUAACUAAGAGAGGUUUGCGGUAACACCUUGUGAAUAUCUCCUUUGAGGUAGUGUUGGUUCUAAAAAGAACUCAACAACUCGAUCCGUUUGCUCAGUUUGUCUUCCGAAGAUUGCUUGAUGGACUCUGUUGCUGGAUGCUGCUUAAGUACUUGGGCUUGGUGGUGCGCGAAGGCGGGUACUGGAUAAGGUGGGCUUAGGUCGGUGAAGCAUGCAGGCUUGAGUGGGGCUAAAAUCUAAACAGAAACCAACAUGACUGUUAUGUUCUCUGAUUUGGUGAGGAAGCUUGGUGUUUAUAUCCUUUUGUGGGAGUGUGCCGAGUUCCCUUGAUGGAAGAUCAUUCACACAACAGCAAUAACAACAACCUUGGAAGAGAGUCCGUGAGGCUUUGUGAAGACCUACUUUGGAGUGACAUCUGGAAAGCUGCAUAUUAUGAAUCAAACUACAGACUCAGUUACUUAUGUGCUGCUAUCGAUGGUUAGGAUUGUUCAUUGUUGUAAAUCAGAAUCCCUCCCGAAAUGUUGGUGAAACAUCCUCCCAAAAUGUUGAUGAAACAUUUUUGGUCCCUGCUCACUUUACAAAAAGACACUGGAUCACAAUGAGGUAGAUUCAGUAGUCAGAAGCAUGGUAUUGGAUUGAACGUACCAUCAUCCCACUAGUGUACUUCCAUGGAGAUCAACAAAGUCCAAUGCCAAAGGCAUAUGGUUUGACAUGCCACUACAGUAGCUAUCGGUACAUGUACACCCACUUGCUGGUGAUGAACUUCAGGCUAGUGUGUUGUAGCGUCAUUUCCUUCUAAUGAAAUUUCUGGAUCAAACCAAAAAAAUUUCACAGGCAUGAUUCUGGGGUGGGAUUUGAACCCUUGUCAAAAAUCACAGUGCCUAUUGUAUCACGACUUGAUGAAGUUACAGCAUUUAUGAGCCAGAAUAUAUAAAGUAUCGUCAUUUGUUUAAACUUCUUUGUUGGGUUGUUGUCAUGGGCUUAGUCUGUCUUGAUGGGCUGAUCCGGCCUAUCAAUCAAACUGCGUGUUCAACCAUUUGACCAAUCACAGCAAUGAUUGUGGUCGGACAAACUCGG